AAAACAACAACAACUGCAAAUAUACAUCGCCGCCGCUCGUUUCAGGAUAGUCGUACAGGCCUUCGUCUCGAAAUUACCCAAUUCUCAUUGAGAAAGGGUUGCAUCUGCCUCCGACGAAGGAGUCGGCAUAUCCCAGCGCGGGUGAUAAGGUCCCUUGGCGGGGCUGUUAACGUGCUGUUUGAGAGAGGAAGCUGCGCCGUGAAGAUGUCAAGUGAUUUAGAUGCUCAAAAUGAUGAGAUGCUGGCAUUGGAAAGUAUAUUCGACUCGGACGAGUUCUCUUACAAGAAAGAUAAUGGAGAAUAUUGUGGCCAAUUCUACGCAUUCGUUUCAUUACCUGGAGAGAUCAGAAUUGAAUACCAACUGUUGCCUUUUAAGAAUCGCUUCACUACUGUGGAGGCCGGAGAAUUGAACCACAUAUCCGUUAAAUACUUGCCAGCAAUUGAGCUUUCAUUUACUUUGCCUCCGGACUACCCAUCAACUUCUCCGCCCAGAUUCACCCUUAUUUGCUCUUGGCUUGGGCGGAAUCAGCUUUCUAAGUUGUGUGAAAAGCUGGAUAGCUUGUGGAAUGAAAAUAAGGGCCUUGAAAUAUUAUAUUUAUGGCUUUCAUUCUUGAAGGAAGAAUCGUUCACUUUUCUGGAGCUGGGCACAACCUUGAACCUCAGCAAACAGUAUUCCUUCAAUAUGGUGCAGCUUGAAAGAAAGAAAAAACUCCAAAGCGAAGCAAAUAACCCAACACUGUCCACAACUGCCUCAAGUCCUGAUGCAUUGAGUACUCAAGGGGCCUCCUCUUCAAGCUCCAAUGCUGGCACGAGCACCAAUCCUAGCUUGAGCUUUAGUGCUGGCAUGAACUGGACACCUUAUGAAAAGACUGCAGGUGUAAGCCCUUCUAGAAGUCGAGGGCGAGGCAGAGGAAAAAUGAGAUGCCAGGAUAAAACUUGCCGCCCUGGUCUUCCUGGUCCUCCUAGUAGUGUGAGUGCAGAAACCAGUCCAGGGGAAGUGCAGCCUCCAAUGCACACCAGUGUACCUGCAGCACCUGCAGCAGCUGCAGUACCUGCAGUACCCACAGUACCUGUGGAACAGAGUGUCUCUAAUGGGGCCAAUGUGAAAGUGAAAGAACCUUGCCCCGUGAGUGAGCGUAGGAAAAAGCCUUUUGGCUUUAAACGUUCACCAACUGCAGAUUACAAACAGAAAUUUGAUCUCCGUGCUGUGUCUUGCGAAACACUUCAGACUUCCCUUAUUAGUCAUAUUCUAGAGUACAACAGAACUCAAUCUGAAAAAGAAUUUCAAAGGAACAUAUAUACUUGUCAGAUUUGUUUUGAUGAUAAACCUGGAAGCCAGUGUAUGGAGUUCAUGGGGUGUGGACAUAUAUUUUGUCGAGAAUGUGUUAGUACAUUCUUUGAAGUUACCAUCAAGGAUGGUAAUGUGCAUGGAUUAAUUUGUCCUGAAAAAGGUUGCAAAUCAGAAGCACUUCAAAGUCAGAUCAGUGAAUUAGUCAGUCCUGAGCUCUUUGCAAGAUAUGAUGAACUGCUCCUUAAUUCAGCUCUUGAUGAGAUGGAAGAUAUAGUUUACUGUCCUCGGAAAACUUGUCAGUACCCUGUAACAUAUGAGCGAGAAGAGCAAAUGGCCCGUUGUGCUCACUGCUCCUACACCUUUUGUACUCUCUGCCGCAUGACGUACCAUGGAGUAGAACGCUGCCGCUUCAAAAACAGUUCAGGAUUGAUUGCAGAGUAUGAGGCUGCAUCAACUGAAAGGAAACGCUUUUUGGAAAAGAAAUAUGGAAGCAAAACAAUUAGAGAGAUGAUUGAAACUAGUUACUCCGAGCAAUGGAUUCGAGGAAAUUCCAAGGCCUGCCCCCACUGCUCAGCUGCUAUAGAGAAAUCUGAUGGAUGCAACAAAAUGAUUUGCUGGAAGUGCAACACUUUCUUCUGCUGGAUCUGCCAAACAAGGCUAAACCCUUCCAACCCAUAUAAUCAUUUCAAUUCUCCAACAUCAGGAUGCUUCCAGAUGCUGUUUCAUGGUGUGGAUGAUGAUAGCGAUAAUGACGAUUCAGAGGACGAUGAAUUUGAAGUUGUUGUUGAGUAUGAAGAUGGUGGUAUGGAUGCCCUUUUGUAUUUUGUGUAGGUGAAUUAGGUGCUUUCCCCUGUCAUUUCAUGUGCCUGUUCAUUGUUGGUCCUAAGACUACUUGUUUUUUAGUCUUCUGUUUUUGUUGUGCCUUCAGAUAGCCGCUUAGCAAUCUUUGUUGCCUCGUUGAAAAUCAACUUUUUUUCUCAGUUUGUUUAUCAGUUUCUUGAUAAUUUCCUUUUUUUU